GACGCUAGGCACACAUGGGUAAAAGAACGUCAAACCUUAAUUUUACAAAACUAAAUCAAAGACAAGUUUUAGGGCAUAAGCUUGUGGCUGUGCAAUACAUCCUUGGAUUAAAAAGGAAUCAUAAAUGCCCGUUACUGUAAUGAUGAUUUUAGUUUAUUACAAAAAUUGUUCGGUUUAUAUACAUUGUCAUCCUUUUAAUUUGACUUGGUACGAAUAAGAUCAUGUCCGAUGUAAUUCUAUUUUACCAAUAUUUGUGCAGCUUUUAACUUUGAGUGUCAUCAACAACUAGACGCGUGAUCGGUGUAUGUAUACUGAGGAAGGCUCUUGAAACAACUAUCGUCUUCCGUCGUUAAGAUCUUAAAUCCAUAUCCUUCCUAUGAACCUACAUCCUAAAUUGAUAGAUUAUAGAUUCUUAAAUAUGAGACAGAAUGUGUUGCGUAAAGCAAAGUUGCUGUAAAGAAAGUAUAUUUAAUAUCAAUUAUGGGUUGCACUGUUGAGAAGAUUGUUGGAUUAUUCUUGCUUUUAGGGCAACAACAGCUUACUGGUGCAGACAAAGUGUAUUCAAACUCGUGCGGCCAUAUUAAGAUUGAAAACCCAGACCUACUGUUCUCUGGCAGGAAUGUUAUCAUACACUUCCUCCCGAACCAAACUUUCAACCAGUUUAAUGUAAAACCUGAAAUUUAUUAUUUUGGUAACGUGGCCCUUGUGUACAAAUUGCUUCCACCUGAUAAUGAAACAAAUGCUUACAAAUUUGAACUGAUAAAUUAUCCGGCUAAUUUACCUUUUUAUAUUGAGUAUGGCAGGUGCACUACGGAAACAGUUCAAUUAAACUUAGAAGAGCUGACAGAUUGCGGACACUUGUACAUGCGCACACCCUGUGUCUUGGUAGGCAGUCAAGCAGAACUCGUGUUCAUACCAGCACCAGCGGUAGUAGGCUUUAAUAAAGGUUACGUUCUGUACUGGCUGGAAACAAGGCCUGCAUCAACCGAAAGGCGUAUUUUUCCUGGUACAGGAAAGUUGUAUAAACAACAAAAUGAAAGUGACUCGACAUAUGUGUUAAUAAUCAGCAACACCCACAAGGCCAUGGAUGGAAAUACGUACAGAGUUCAGUGUACCUAUAACACAUCCAGAAACACAUACACAGAUCCGAUCACCAUGAAUGUUUUUCAAAAACCUGAUGCACCUGCCCUAGGUCCGCUACAUGAUUUUGAUAACUGCAAAGGAUGUCUCCUUCUAGAAUCUAACAAUACAUCGAGAGAGAUUUAUUGCAAAACAUCAAAGACAGACCGCACAAAUGUUUCAAUUGAAUUAAACGGUCAACCGUACCAGAAUAUCAAGCACACUGAUGAGAUGUACAUCCCGAUUGUGAAGAUGGUAACGGACAAAGAUCAUUUGACAAACGUCACCUGUUCAGUCAUAAACUGCGCUAUAAAGGAACCUUUGGUCGCUUCUGCUCAGCUAUAUGUUGCAAAAAACCCCGGAAAAUUGCAUCUGAAUGUUCCAGUUAUAUAUAAAGGAAUGGAACCAAACAUUACGUGUACCAUUAAAGGAGGCCGACCAAAGUCCAAUCUGACGUUUCACAUGUAUUCACAUUCAGAUGUUAUUUCAUCAACUCAAAUAGACACAUUUGACAACGAAUCACGAACGUACGAAAGUACUGCGACUGCAACGUCGGUCACAAGCAAUAGCUGGAAUGGAAAAGAAAUAAUGUGCCUCCAAAAACAGCCGUAUAAUCUCUCAGAGUUUGUUUCAGAAAUGAAGACUACAGUUCGAUAUAUGUAUCCGCCAUCAGAAUUGUUAAUCCAGCUUGACAAAUCCAGCUUUUCAAAAAAGAAGGACUCGUAUAUCAUCGAUGUGUCGUGCAAUUCCACUGAAACAAAUAUGCCAUGUACCAUAACGUGGUCACCAACGCAGGACGAGUUGGUUUAUCUCAAACCGCCUACAAAUGUUUCCAAAGGCAGCUUCAUCACGUAUACAGCUCAGUUAAAUGCAACGCGUCAGAUGAACGGUCGAACUAUAACGUGUGCCAUGCAUUGUGCGCCUUUCGAGUCUAAAUCUGUUUCCGAGGUGCUUUAUAUUCCAUUCACACCAAUGGUCCUCAUAAAUUCAUCUCAAGUUACGCCGAGAAAAGAUGGUUCAUCGUACUCGAUUACGUGCUAUGCCGACAGUUACCCACCGCCAAACAUCACAUGGAGGUACACACAAGACGGAACUGAACACACGGAAUCCUGCAACAAAGUCAUUAAAUGUCCUGUCCUAGUCUCUGGUUUGCUGCAAGGGGAGAAACGGAAUUAUGUGUGCAUUGUGGAACAUAUGUUUGGAACGCUCAAUGCAUCUGUCAUUGCGGACGGAGAAGAAAGUGCUAUGGUAUCGAAAGAAAAUCGGCCCUCUUCAACAAUUUUAGUGGUAUCUAUUGUGGUGUCGUGCCUCUUUCUGGCUGGGCUAGUAAUCGGUAUUGUAAUGUGCAUCAAACGGAAGAGACGUAACACGUCAUCAAUACCAAGCCGUCGUAACGGUGAUCCUUCUACGAAUGACUUACAAGACAAGAAUCGCGAAUCUUCCGUAGAAUAUGCUGUUGUUUCUAAAUCACGGAAUAAACAAACACCGACUCAGUCAACAACAGAGAUACACCCAUCACAAUCAAACGAAUGUGCUGAGGGACAGCUUGUCUAUGUCGAACUUGACACUGAGUUAUUGGAAGCUCGCUCGACAUCGGGGUCGAAAGUGAGAUCUCGACAAGAAGACACAACUCGGCAAGAAGAAACGAUCGAAUAUGUGGACAUUGACUUUGCAAAGAAAUCGGAGCCUCCAGCCGAUGAUAACAUUUAUGCAAAUCAAGUUUCAUAGCAUUAAAUAUAUGAAGUAUUGACCUUUUGACGAGAUUCAAUGAUAAAAUUUGCAAAGACAAGGAUUAAAUGUUAAAUAAAAUGUUUGGUAAAAAAACUUCUAUAACUUUCUGAGUGGAAAUGUUUGCAAUGGAAUAAACCUUAUGACUUUUU